AUGUCGGCCACGUGCGCCGUAUCCCGGAAAGCGCCGCUGCCAAGGCCGCGUCCCCAGGGGGAGAGGGAGCCGCCUGCCAAGGUGAUGCGCAGGGGGCUGCGGCGAGGCCGCGAGGAGGAGCGGGAGCAGCUGCCGUGUCCGGGAGAGAGCGCGAGCGGCAUGGGCGCGGAGGCCGAGCCGGAGCGGGCGGCACCGCUGAGCGACGAGCGGCGGAGGCGGCAGCCUCUGGAGCCGAGGGCGCUGAGCAGGACGUCGGCCAGGGCGGUGGAGGAGGAGGAGCGGCUGGAGCGGGAACAUUUUCGGCGGAUCAUCAACGCUUUCCGAUAUUACGGAACGAAUAUGCAUGAACGAGUGAACAGAACAGAGAGGCAGUUUAAGUCUCUCCCAGCUAACCAACAGAAUCUUCUUCCUCAAUUUCUUCCUCACCUUGACAAGAUUCGGAAGUGCAUUGAUCAUAAUCAAGAAGUACUGCAAACCAUUGUGAAUGACUGUGUUCACAUGUUUGAAAAUAAGGAAUAUGGAGAAGAUGGAGGUGGGAAGAUAACACCAGCUUCAACAUUUGACAUGGAUAAAUUAAAGUCCACGUUGAAGCAAUUUGUGAGAGACUGGAGUGAAGAGGGAAAGUCUGAGAGGGAUUCCUGCUAUCAGCCAAUUAUUAAUGAAAUUAUAAAGAACUUUCCAAAAGAAAGAUGGGAUUUCUCCAAAGUUAAUAUCCUGGUACCUGGUGCUGGGCUAGGUAGAUUGGCGUGGGAAAUAGCUAUGCUCGGUUAUGCUUGCCAAGGAAAUGAAUGGAGCCUCUUUAUGCUCUUUUCUUCUAACUUUGUACUCAACAGAUGCUCUCAAAUUAAUUCAUGUAAGCUUUAUCCCUGGAUCCAUCAAUUUAGCAAUAACAGAAGAUCUGCUGAUCAGAUACGACCAAUUUAUUUCCCAGAUGUUGAUCCUCAUAGUCUUCCUUCUGGUUCAAACUUCUCUAUGACAGCAGGGGAUUUUCAGGAAAUUUAUUCUGAAUGCAAUACAUGGGACUGCGUAGCAACUUGCUUUUUCAUAGAUACAGCACAUAAUGUUAUUGAUUACAUUGAUACUAUAUGGAAAAUACUAAAGCCUGGAGGAAUAUGGAUAAAUGUAGGUCCUCUCCUUUACCAUUUUGAAAACUUGGGAAAUGAACUUUCCAUAGAAUUAAGCUAUGAGGAUAUAAAAAAUGUUAUCCUGCAGUAUGGAUUCCAUAUAGAGGUGGAGAAAGAAUCUGUACUGUCAACUUACACUGUGAAUGAACUCUCCAUGAUGAAAUACUACUAUGAAUGCGUGUUGUUUGUGGUGAGAAAACCAGAAUAGUAGUAGUCUGAAGAGGUUAAUGAGAAAAUAAUAUUGGUUUGAAAGCUAGAAAUGAGAAUAAAAUCAUCUGGUGAUGUACGGACACAACCUCAAAUCAGUGGUGCCUUCUUGUUCCUAAGAGGAUAUAGAUAGUGUCUAUUUUCUUAAUCUCUCUAUUGCUAUUCAGACAUAUACUAUGCCAUGCAUAUUCAUAAUACACUUGUAAAAGAUUACAUGUUCACAGGCACUAUCUUUUGUGCUUUGGAAUGCAUUAAAUAAAAAAGCAAAAGUGUUUUCUUGAGAACAAAAUGUAAUGUUUGCCAUAACUAGACUAAUUCUCUGCUAAUGCUGCCUCAUUUCUCAUAGAUUUAUAGUGCUGUUUUUUUUC